AUGGACGUCUCGCAGGUGCUCACCCAGCUCCCCAACACCAUCCACUGCAUAGAUAUGCACACCACCGGGGAGCCCACCCGCAUCAUCUACGCCGGCUACCCCCAGCUGACGGGCACGCUGCUGGCCCAACGGGACCAAGCCCGCCAGCAACACGACCACAUCCGCCAGCAACUGAUGCUGGAACCGCGGGGGAAUCCCGCCAUGUACGGGGCGAUCAUCUGCCCGGCGACGGAGCUGGUGGCGACGGGGAAGGCGGACGUGGGCGUGCUCUUCAUCCACAACGAGGGCUACUCGACCAUGUGCGGGCACGCGACGCUGGCGCUGGGCCGGUUCCUGGUCGACACGCACGACGCCAACGUCUUCCCGCGGCGCGCCCAGCUCCCCUUCGACUCCACGACCCAAACCAUGCAACUGAGGCUGCACGCCCCCUGCGGCGUCGUCAGCAUCACCGUCCCCACCAACGCAGAGGGCACGCGAUCCGACCCCACGCGGCCCGUCUCCUUCCUUUCCACGCCCGCCUACGCCACGGCCCUGCAACUGACCAUCCCCAUCCCCGCCGGCGCGCGGUGGCCCGAACUCCCCGCCCAGCGAGACUCCAUCACCCUGGACAUCAGCUACGGCGGCGCCUUCUACGCCAUCGUCGACGCGGCCGAACUGGGCUUCACCAGCGGCCUGGCGACCGUGGACCUCGACGCCACCACCCGCUGCAUGCAGCAGCUGAAACCGUACCUCGAACGCCGUCCGGAGAUCGUCGCCGCCGUCACGCACCCGGCCGACCCGCGGCUCUCGUUCCUCUACUCCGUCAUGAUCGUCGACGCGACCAUCGGGAAUCGACCGCGCGACGUCGCGGGCGCCGAGACCGGCCUCUGCUACUUCGCCGACAACCAGAUCGACCGGUCGCCGACGGGGUCGUGCGUGACGGCGCGCAUGGCCCUGGCCCACGCCCAGGGCCGCCGGGCCGUCGGCCAGCGCUGGGCGUACAACUCGCUCGUGUCGAAUCACUUCCAGACGGACGAGUUCCGCGCGGAGAUCGUCGAGGAGCUCGCGCCGUUAUCAUCUGCUGGUGGAAGACCGUCCGUGAUUGUUCAAGUCGAGGGCCGAGCAUUCUACACCGGGGCCGCCUCGUUCAUGGUGGAAGCAGAGGACCAGACGUCCAGGAAUGGAUUUACGAUGGAGGGAGUAGCUGCGGCGCCAUUACCAGUACCAGUACCAUCUUCUUCUGCAUAA